GAGAACGGGGCAGGGAGGAGAGAGAAGCCCCGCCCACGGGCAGGUUUCCGUCCGACUUGUUUGUUGCAUGGACAGCUGUUUGGUGGCGCCUGUCAAAACCCGGUCCUGUUGUUUAGAAACUUCAUUCUUCAGCCGCUGCAGCAGCAACGACAACAACCUCUACCGUCAUGCCGCGGAGAACAGCGCAGGAAUGGAUCCGCUUGUCCAUGCGCACGCCGGGCAUCCUGAUCUUCGGGAUGGUGUUGGCUCCCUGUGGGUGGAUCCUGGAUCUGACCGCCACCGUGGCCCCCAGCUGGAGGACCCUCAACGACAUCCCCAACACACCGCCCAGUGAGUACAUCGAGCAGGGCAUCUGGGACAUCUGCAGGAGAACCACGUCCUCCGUCAGACCGGAAUGCGGUCUGGAGGACACCACCUAUUUCGGACACCAGAUCAUCGAGGUCGCACAGGGCAUGAUGGUGGCCUCGCUGGUCGUGACCCUGGUCGGAAUCGCUGUGGCCAUUCCGGGAGUCCGCUGCUGGAAAGACAGACCCAACUGGACCAUGGCGGGUCUGGGUGGACUGUUGAUCUUCUGCUCCGGUGUCCUGACCAUCAUCCCCAUCGCCUGGUACACCCACAUCAUGAACGACAUCAGCACCGUGACCCCGGUCAUCAACGUCCAGGUGGGCUACUGCAUCGUUCUGGGCUACAUCGGAGGGAUCUUCGAAGUUCUGGGAGGUUUCGUCAUGUUCAUCGGCAUCUGUCGCUGCUGCGGCGGAAAGAACCGAGGAGAGAAGCGGCUGGAUCGGGUCAUGGCCACACAGUACAGGAACAACCCACCACCCAGACCCACCAUCAUGCCAAGUCUGGACCGGACCAGGAGCAACGCCAGCAGCAGCGUCCCCUACUCCAAGGAGUCCCUGGAUGAUGACGUGUCCUUCCCCCGAGCCAAGACCCCUGGAGCCCAGUCCGUCAACUCCUCCGUCAGCGGGAGACCCUACGAUGCGGACUUAUGAGGACCACAUCUGGCCCACAUCUGGCCCACAUCUGGAGACUAGUGGACAGAGAAAAAACGGACUGUGAUAACGGACUACAGAGCAUUUGGGAAAUGAAGAUUUUUUUUUCUUUUUACAAAGGAGUGGUAAUUAAUAUAAUUCAUGAAAAAAAAAUCGCUUUAAAGUCCACAUAAUUAUUUGCAAUAAAACAAUACAUAUUGUAUGAUUUUACUUUUUUUUUUGGAAAAGACGAAAACAACAACAUAAAGUCUAAAAAAAGAUUCUAAGAUAUAACCUCACCAGGGAAAGUAUUGUAGAAGUAUUGAAGGUAAACAUCAUUAAUUUUACUAAUGGAUUGUACACUUAAAAUUUGUAUACAUUUGUCAGCAGUUUCCACACAGACUUCUGUCACGUUGUGCAUUCCAGGUAGAGAUCAUUAUUUAAAGUUUACGCAGUGUCUCACUACUUAAUUGAAAUAACUUAAACAACUUAACAACUCACAGCUGCAGGUGAAUGUGACUCCCAGUGAGACCAGUUAUUAUGGGAUGAUUGAUGUAAUUCCAACAUAAUUGAUGUGCCUUAAUCCGUGCUGUCGUCCAAUCAUCUUGAAGGAGGAGAUUUUAUGAAGGUGAAAAUGGAAACAUAGGAUUUCUGUGAAGGACGUGUAAAAAAGUGAAGGAUUUUAUGAAGGUUUCUGUAAAUAUUUUUUUUUUCUGUGAUGGACAUGGUUCUUUAUCCCUCGACUGCUGGCCAAUGAAUCCUGAACCUUUUUGUAAAUAAUGUAUUUUCUUAUGCACUUUCCAACGAUGGUGGAGUGGCGUGGAGCAGACCACCGUCGUCCUCACUGCUCUGUGGUACAAGUGCUGAUGAAUAAAUGCUCAUGUGUUCAAGAACAUAACCAACGUCUGGCUCUGUCUUCUUUACAUCCACUGCUCCUUUCUCAGAUUUUACUGCUGCAGUGGAUUUAAAACUAAACAACUCAAACAAACAAAAACACCCUGCACCGUGAUUCCAGUUUGUCCAGUUGUACUGCACCAACAGGCGGUCACAAAGACAGUCUCAGCUCAGAACAUGACAACUUGUUUCCUCUGUGGAUCCAUGUGAGCCACACUCGUCCAAACUCUGGCUCGAGGGCCACUUGUGGUACUUAGUGAGAUGUUUGCGGUAUUUUAUUCAGCUGUCAAAUACUGUAUGUUUAAAAGGCAUUUUUGUAUAUUCAUGUACAUUGUACUUCUCUCUUACCUCUAUCUAAUAGUGGGCUAACCUUUAGCUAAAA